GUUACCAAUGAUAACCACGCACCUCGUUAAUGGUAUAAUCAGCACUGCACGACUGCAGCGAUUCUUUAUGGCGCAGGAGGUUGAAAUGCAAAGCGCGGGAAACGACUGGCGGGAAAGAGAUUAUAAGAACACCGACCACGGCAUGGAUAAUGAUUACGUUGGUCGUCACAACGAGAACGGCUACGAUGACAACCACAUAGAUGAAGUGGAUGAAACGUCGAGCAUAUUACCAAAGGUGGUGGUAUCAAAGCGUUCCAUUAAGUAUGGGAUUACUCACACAACCAAACUCAGUCAUGUGCCUCGAUCAGUUGCCAUUAAGAUUACAGAUGGCAACUUCACCUGGGACAAGAAUAGCAAGAGGCCAAUCCUUUCAAACAUCAACGUUGACAUACCGGCAGGUGAGCUGACCAUAAUUAUUGGAGCCGUUGGAAGCGGCAAGUCGUCCCUGGUGUCCGCUAUGCAGGGCGAGAUGACCACAUUGUCCGGCAGUGUGCAGUUUAGUAGGACCAAGGGAUCCAUCGCAUACGCCGCGCAGAAAGCAUGGCUGAUCAACGCAACAUUACAAGACAAUGUCCUGUUCGGUGAAAGUUUGGACACAAAACAAUACAAGAAGACCAUUGAUGUGUGUGCCAUGAAACCAGACAUUGAUAUCUUACCAGGAGGAGACCAGACUGAGAUUGGAGAGAAGGGGAUUAACCUGAGCGGUGGACAGAAGCAGAGGAUUAGCGUGGCUAGGACGGUCUACUCGGGCAGAGAUAUCGUCAUCUUGGAUGAUCCACUGUCUGCUUUAGACGUCCAUGUUGGAUCACAUGUCUUCCAGAAAGCUAUCGUGGGCACUUUGCUACGUAAUAAGCAAACUGUCGUCUUGGUAACGCAUCAAUUACAAUACCUCCACCAUGCUCAGAAGAUCAUCGUGAUGAAGGAGGGACGUAUAGCUCACCAAGGAACCCUUCAAGACAUUGUGGAUGAGACUCCAGAUCUUUACAACGAAUAUCAACAAGCUGUCAAGACGGCGACUGAAUCCGAAACGGAGUUGGAAGAAACCCGCCGGGGACUGUCGGAAGACGAGCGGGAAAUGGUGUUUCGGAAACAGAUCUCGAGAGAACUGUCGAGAGAAUCAGUGUCUAUUCCGAAAGGAGCAACACUGAUUGAGCAAGAGGAGAUGGAAAAAGGUUCCGUGUCUUACAAAGUGUAUCUCUUCUACUUUCAUGCCAUGACUUGGUUCAUGUCAAUUUCGUCAAUAUUCGGCUACAUUGCACAUGGCGCCUUCACGGCUGGCACCAAUUUCUGGCUGUCGUCUUGGUCCGAGGCAGGCAUCUCUGCAGACAAUUCCACGAAGGAACCACUAUCCUACUACAUAGCAGGCUACGCUGGUCUCUCUCUUGCGGGUGUGAUGUCUAUAUUAGUGGGUUGCGUGUCCAUUGCAGUCGGUGCGUACAUUGCGUCCAAGAAACUGCACAUAACCAUGCUUCAAAACGUAACACGUUGCUCUAUGAGAUUUUUUGACACUACACCGUUAGGACGCAUUCUGAACCGCUUAUCAAGUGAUACAAAUAUCAUGGACAUGAAACUUUUUCAAAGCAUGGAUACCACGAUUUUCUUCACCGUUGGGUAUUUCAGUGGCGUUGUGGUGAACUGUAUUGUAUUGCCAAUCUUCAUUCUCUUCGUUGUUCCAAUGCUGGUGUGUGGGUUUGCCCUGGCCAGGUUCUACGUCACAUCGUCAAGGUCUCUACAGCGUUUAGACAGCGUAACCAAGUCUCCAAUAUUUGCCCACUUCUCGGAAACUCUGAGUGGUCUACCAACAAUACGGGCUUACAGAGACCAGGGUCGGUUCUACCAUGCCCUUAUGAAGAAAUUAAACGUCAACAACAUGACGUUCCUGUACCUUCAAUCAACACAUCGAUGGAAUGGUCUUCGACUGGAGAUGAUUGGAAUGAUUGGUAUGCUGGUCGUAGGAAUAGGAACAAUCGUUAGUUCCAUAAAUGGUUCCAUUGAACCAAGCAAAGUCGGUCUAGCCAGUACGUACAUAAUGCAGAUCGGCACUUUCAUGAAUUUCGCCAUCCGUUUUGCCGCCGAAACUGAAAUGCUUAUGAAUGCAAUUGAGCGCAUCAAGGAGUACAUUGGAGUACCGAAUGAAACAUACGCAGGUACGGAGCCCUCUGUUGACUGGCCGAAGCACGGUGCAAUCACGAUGCAAGGAAUCUCAGUUCGAUACGCAGCAGAGCUUGAACCAGUCCUUAAAAAUAUAUCACUCAAAUUCCGCUCUGGAGAAAAGGUUGGGAUCUGUGGUCGCACGGGAAGUGGAAAGUCGUCACUUACAUUAGCACUUUUCAGAAUUAUUGACACUUACAAAGGUCGUAUUCUUAUUGAUGACGUGGACAUCAACCAAGUUCCUCUUAGCACUCUAAGACAACGCAUAGCAAUCAUCCCGCAAGAUCCCAUCUUAUUCAACGGCACAAUCAGAUACAAUCUUGAUCCUGAAAACAGGAGAUCAGAAAAUGAUCUCUGGAACAGUUUGGAGAUCUCCCAGCUCAAGGAAACAGUGAAGAGGAUGCCAGCGGGACUAGAUUCGGAGGUAUCUGAGGGUGGGGAGAAUUUCAGCGUCGGUCAGCGGCAGCUCUUCUGUUUGGCUCGUGCUUUCUUGAGACGUUCUCGGAUCCUCAUCAUGGAUGAGGCUACAGCAUCCAUAGAUAUUGAGACGGAUAAGAUUCUUCAAGAAGUUGUGGCAACUGUUUUCGCCGAUUGCACAGUUCUGACCAUAGCACAUCGAGUGGCGACCAUUUUGGAUUCUGACACCAUCUUGACGCUGAGUGACGGGAAGGUAGUGGAGUAUGAUACGCCAGAAAACCUCCUCGAGAAUCCCAAUAGUAUAUUUGCUUCACUUGUCAACUCCAACCAGUAACUAAAAUCUAUAACUAUAUAACUAAAUAACUUUGAUUGGCGGUAAUUUUCCCGCUUCUUUCUGGGUCCUUCCCUUAAUCCCUUU